AUGCUGCAGCCGCAGAAUCCCUGGGAGACAGGAGAGCUGGCAGGCCUGAUGGGCCUCGCCAAGGACGAGGGCGAGGUGGUCAGUACCUGGUCCGUAGGAGUGGGCUUCGACCACCAAAUGGCUCCCGUCCUGCGCGGCAAGGUGGAGCCACGGCGCUACCGGAAGACGAUAACCGAGUUGAAUCGCAUAACGCGAAAGGAGAACGUGUACAACUACGUCUUCACGCUGCUGCUGCUCAUCUUUGUC